UUCUCUGCGCAUGCGCACGGGCUGUCACUAGCCCUCAGUAAGUGCUAACGUUUGUCGUGAAUGGAGACGGGGAGAGUAGAAGAACAUCAGAGUUGAGUAUCGAUCCUUUAUUUGGAGGUAUUAUGAGGCCUUUCCUCAGCGAUCACGUUUGUGAACUGGCGCGGUUACAGUUAGCUCUAAGCUAACUCGGUAUCUUUAGUUUACCCGCCGAGGCUUUUCCCUUUCCCAUCACACACACACACACACACAAGUGCCUGGAAACAUGCAGAGGCUGAAAUAUUUUAAAAGUUGCUGGCAGCUGCUGAAAUCGAGCCUUGAGGGAGCAGCUAAACAAGCAGAUACAUCGUCUUCAUUCUCAAGAAGCUAUAGCCACCGCCCUCCUCAGGGCCCCGGCUCUUUUGGGCUCCUCUUUGAUAUUGAUGGGGUGCUGGUCCGGGGCAGGACCCCCAUCCCUGCAGCCAAGCAGUGCUUCAGGAAUCUGGUGGACCGGAAUGGGAAGUACAAGGUCCCGGUGGUUUUUGUCACGAAUGCAGGGAACUGCAUGAGGCAGACAAAGGCUGAGCAUUUGUCUGAUCUGCUGGAGGUGGAGGUGUCUCCAGACCAGGUGAUGCUGUCCCACAGUCCUCUGCGAAUGUUUACAAAGUUUCAUAAGAUGUGUGUGCUGGUCUCGGGACAGGGACCAGUGGAGGAGGUGGCUCAUAACCUGGGCUUUGAGGAUGUGGUCACUAUAGACAUGCUCAGAGAGGCAUACCCCACCUUAGACGUUGUGGAUCACAACAGAAGACCCAAAGACGGUAUCCCCCCCACCAAAGGCUUACGGCCAAUAGAUGCUGUCGUCUUAUUUGGAGAGCCAAUCAGAUGGGAGACCAACCUCCAACUGAUUACGGACGUCCUCCUGACUAACGGAAAUCCGGGGAAAACCUGGAAUACAACCCAGUAUCCUCACAUCCCGGUCCUAGCCUGCAACAUGGACCUGCUGUGGAUGGCAGAGGCGAAGAAUCCAAGGUUUGGCCAUGGUAUGUUCCUGGUAUGCUUGGAGAAUUUGUACAAGAAGGUGACCGGUUACGACCUGAAGUACGAGGCUCUGAUCGGCAAACCAAGCAUGGUGACUUAUAACUACGCUGAGCUGCUGAUUCGACAGCAGGCGGAGAACCUUGGUUGGAGCACGCCUGUGAAGAGGCUGUAUGCUAUAGGUGACAACCCCAUGGCUGAUGUUUACGGAGCCAACCUCUACGACCGCUACCUUCAGACCUCUCGUUGUUCCAGAAUCAAAAUGCAGGGUAAAAGCUUUGGAGGCACUGUGGAUCACUCAGCAGAGGCUGUUGAUGUCCCUCAAGUGAAAUCAGGUGGAGCUGCAGGUGUGUUUGGGUCAGAGGAGCCGCCCGAGGGGUGCAGCUCCAUCCUGGUGUGCACAGGAGUGUACAGCAGAGACCAGCCGGAGCUGCCAUCAGACCCGGCACAAACCGUCACCGAGCAUCGCAUCUUCCAUGGCCACAGGGACUUCCACUUUGAUCCCACUCUCCUGCAGCCGUCCUAUGUGGUGGAGGAUGUGAAGGAGGCGGUGGAGCUGGUGUUCCAGCGGGAAGGCUGGCUUCUACAGUAGCACGAGCAACAGCAACAUCUCAUGUUCUGCCUCGUAAUUCAAAUUCAAAGAUACUUUAUGAAUCCCAGCCGGAUUAAAUCCCAGAGAGAUUACGCUUUUCUUUAAUCACAACAAGUAGUAGGAGGCUUAAUGAGAGUUUUUAUAAUCGUCUCAGGACAGGCUGUAAUAGAAAUUACAGGAAUGUGCAUGUAUUUGUUAUAAUUCACGUCAGUCAUGCAUGGAAGUGUUCCGGAAUGGUUUUUCUUAAGUUUUCUACCAUAAAGGUUUUACAGAGAAACCAGAACCUUUUAUAAUAAUAAUAAUACAUUUUAUUUAAAAGCGCCUUUCAGAACACCCAAGGUCACUUGACAGAAAAUACAUUCAGAAAAAACAUUAAAACAACAUUAAAACAACAAUAGAACGCAAAGAAGAAAAAACAAAGAGAGAAACAGUUCAAUAAAAUCAGAGGUCACAGGCAGAUUUAAACGUGUGUUUUGAGUCUGGUUUUGAAAAAGGUGAAACUGUCGAUGUUCCUGAUGUCUUAGCAGUUCAGCAGUCAACCUUGGCGUGAAGAUGGAUGGUGCAUUCUGCAUGGAUGCUCAUGUGGGUACUGCAGUAUCCUCUUCAUUUUAUCAUUUAAGACGUUUGGCUAAAGUAAAGCCGUUUUAUCCAGACGUGACCUUGAGACUGUUGUUCAUGCUUUUUUUACCUCACGACUCGACUAUUGUAAUUCCGUUUUAUUUGGUGUAAGUAAGGGUACCGUAAACCGGCUGCAGCUUGUCCAGAAUGCUGCAGCAAGAUUCUUGUACAACAAAAGGAAGCAUGAACACGUGACACCCAUUUUGGCUGCUCUCCACUGGUUGCCUGUUGAUUUUAGAAUUCGUUUUAAACGUCUUUUAAUGGUGUUUAAGGCGCUGAUCGGUGUGGCUCCGACCUAUUUGACAGAGUUGCUGCAGCCAUAUGUUCCGGCCCGGUCACUCCGCUCUGAGAACCAGCUGCUGCUUGUGGCUCCUAAGGCCGGGUUGAAGUUAAGAGGGGACAGGGGAUCCGAAACUGUGGAACACACUGCCCCUAACCAUUAGGGGCUCUCCAUCAGUAGCAGUUUUUAAAAUGAGGCUGAAAACCUACUUUUACGAUCUGGCUUUUAAUUCUGUGGGUUAGCAAUUGUUAAUGUUUUAUAUUUUGUAAUUCUUAUUUGUGGUUUUAAUUAUGUCUGUGGCGCUAUAUGUUUUAUUGUUUUAUUCUUUUAUUUUGUAAAGCACCUUGGUGGCAUGCUCAUGCCUGUAAGGUGCUUUAUAAAUAAAGGCUGAUUGAUUGAUUGAUUAGGGGAGUGAGUUCCAGAGACGGGGAGCAGAGCGGCUGAAAGCUCUGCUCCCCAUGGUAGUGAGACGGGCAGAAGGAACAGCAAGAUGGAUGGAGGAAGAAGAUCUGAGAGAACGGGAGGGGGUGUUAAUACUUAUAAGGUCUGAGUUAUAUGGAGGAGAGUUUAUGGAUGGCUUUGAAGGUAUGGAGGAGAAUUUUGAAGAUGGAACUGAAUUUAACUGGGAGCCAGUGAAGCUGCUGGAGAACCGGGGUGAUGUGAAAGGAAGGGGUUCUGGUGAUAAUACGGGCUGCUGAAUUCUGGACCAGUUGUAGUUUAUGAAGGAGUUUACCUUUGCACUAAUAUCAGCUUUCUGGGGUCUUACAACUCACAUGUAACAAUAGUAUAAGUUCACCUUAUUUCAACUUAUUGAAAAUAAAAUUAUUGCACAUUUCAAAUACUAUUGCACCCGUGCUGCUGGACGAUAAUCAAAUAAAAUUAAAGAUACCUAAAAGGUAGCCUGGAAAGCCAUAAUCCUAUAUAUGCCGAGCUAAAUCAUUUUGCUUCUCCUGCUCACCGUCUAGAUUUCUAGGCUACUAAAAGGGCACAAAAGAAGCACUUUUUAAAAUAUUUUUUAUUUAAUACAAAGUGGCGUACAUCACGAGCUCCUCCAAACUAACACAAAAACGUGUUCAUUUAAGUGCUGUUAAACAUGUAACUAAUGUUCAUGAGAUAAAGAAGCUAACGUCUGAUUUAGCCCCUAAAAAGUGCAAUUAAACGUCCGUUUUUGUUUUAGUAAAAUUUAUAGAAUCGUUUUUUUAUUUUGUCUAUUAGACAGAAAAAGGGUGCUGUUUUUCUAUGUGUGAAUGUUUGUUAGACUUCAGUAACAAUUGCAGCACCUCUUAAGGUUUAUGUGUAACCAACAUGUGUAACUAUGGCAACGUUAAAACAAAGCUUUGUAAUUAAAAUGAUUAUGCAGUA